AAAAGGACGGGGACAGACGUCUUCGUACGUCAUUGCGUCACCACGUCGCCGCCGCCGCCGCCGCGCCCUCACACCGAGGUUUGAAUGUGAAGCGGAGUUGUAGGAGGAGUUGGUGCCGCCGCCGUCGCUGCCGCUGUCAGGGGAUCCGCCAGGUUCUACAGUUAUGGAGCUAAGUGAUGCCAAUUUGCAGACUUUGACAGAAUAUUUAAAGAAGACACUAGACCCAGAUCCUGCCAUAAGACGCCCUGCGGAAAAAUUCCUUGAGUCUGUUGAAGGAAGCCAAAAUUACCCCCUCCUACUUUUGACACUCCUGGAGAAGUCUCAAGAUAAUGUCAUCAAAGUCUGUGCCUCUGUCACGUUCAAGAACUAUAUUAAAAGAAAUUGGAGAAUUAUUGAAGAUGAACCUGACAAGAUAUGUGAAACUGACAGGAUAGCCAUUAAAUCCAACAUUGUACAUCUUAUGCUUAGCAGCCCAGAACAAAUUCAAAAACAGUUAAGUGAUGCCAUUAGCAUUAUUGGUAGAGAAGAUUUCCCUCAGAAGUGGCCUGACCUCCUAACAGAAAUGGUGAAUCGCUUUCAGAGUGGAGACUUCCAUGUCAUUAAUGGAGUUCUUCAAACAGCACAUUCUUUAUUCAAAAGAUAUCGUCAUGAGUUUAAGUCAAAUGAACUGUGGACGGAGAUCAAACUUGUCCUUGGUGCCUUUGCACUACCUUUGACAAAUCUCUUUAAGGCCACAAUUGAGCUUUGCAGUACCCAUGCAAAUGAUGCCAGUGCUUUGAAAGUUCUCUUCUCAUCUCUGAUUUUGAUUGCUAAACUGUUCUACAGUUUAAAUUUUCAGGACCUUCCUGAAUUUUUUGAAGAUAACAUGGAAACAUGGAUGAUGAACUUCCAUAACCUUUUAACUUUGGAUAACAAACUCUUACAGACAGACGAUGAAGAAGAAGCUGGUCUGCUUGAGCUUUUGAAAUCCCAAAUUUGUGAUAAUGCUGCUUUGUAUGCCCAGAAAUAUGAUGAAGAAUUUCAGCCUUACCUGCCUCGUUUUGUCACAGCAAUCUGGAAUUUAUUAGUAACAACAGGUCAAGAAGUUAAAUAUGAUUUGUUGGUAAGUAAUGCAAUCCAGUUUCUGGCCUCAGUUUGUGAGAGACCCCAUUAUAAGCAUCUCUUUGAAGACCAGAAUAUACUGACAAGUAUUUGUGAAAAAGUUAUUGUUCCCAACAUGGAAUUUAGAGCUGCUGAUGAAGAAGCUUUUGAAGAUAAUUCUGAAGAAUAUAUCAGAAGAGAUUUGGAAGGCUCUGAUAUUGAUACCAGACGCAGAGCAGCCUGUGAUCUAGUAAGAGGACUAUGCAGGUUUUUUGAGGGUCCUGUGACAGGGAUCUUUUCUGGUUACGUGAACUCCAUGCUGCAAGAAUAUGCAAAAAAUCCAUCUGUCAACUGGAAGCAUAAAGAUGCUGCUAUUUAUCUUGUAACUUCUUUGGCAUCAAAGGCUCAGACACAAAAGCAUGGAAUAACACAAGCCAAUGAACUUGUGAAUUUAACAGAAUUCUUUGUGAACCAUAUUCUACCAGACCUGAAGUCUCCUAACGUGAAUGAAUUUCCUGUCCUUAAAGCUGAUGGUAUCAAGUACAUCAUGAUUUUCAGGAACCAAGUACCUAAAGAACAACUUUUGGUGUCCAUUCCUCUUUUAAUAAACCAUCUUCAAGCAGAAAGUAUUGUUGUUCAGACAUAUGCAGCCCAUGCUCUGGAAAGAUUAUUUACAAUGAAAGGGGCUAAUAAUACUACACUGAUUACACCUGCAGAGAUGGCCCCAUAUGUAGAAAUACUGCUGACAAACCUUUUCAAAGCUCUGACACUUCCAGGUUCAUCAGAAAAUGAAUACAUUAUGAAAGCUAUCAUGAGAAGCUUUUCUCUUCUUCAAGAAGCCAUAAUUCCAUAUAUCCCUUCUCUCAUCAACCAACUCACACAGAAACUGCUUGCUGUUAGCAAGAAUCCAAGCAAGCCUCACUUUAAUCAUUACAUGUUUGAAUCAAUUUGCUUGUCAAUAAGGAUAACUUGCAAAGCAAAUCCUACUGCUAUUGGAAGCUUUGAAGAUGCUUUGUUUAUGGUAUUCACAGAGAUUCUGCAGAAUGAUGUGCAAGAAUUCAUUCCAUAUGUGUUCCAAGUAAUGUCUCUGCUUUUGGAGAUGCAUAAGAACGACAUCCCAUCAUCCUAUAUGGCCUUGUUUCCACAUCUGCUUCAGCCAGUCUUGUGGGAAAGGUCAGGAAACAUCCCUCCUCUGGUGAGACUCCUCCAGGCCUAUUUGGAGAGAGGGUCCAAUACGAUAGCCAGUGCUGCUGCUGACAAAAUUCCUGGACUGUUAGGUGUGUUCCAGAAACUUAUAGCUUCCAAACUUAAUGACCAUCAAGGAUUCUAUCUUCUUAACAGUAUUAUAGAGUACAUGCCCCCUGAAUCCAUUAAUCAGUACAGGAAGCAAAUUUUCAUCCUGCUAUUUCAAAGACUUCAGAAUUCCAAAACAACAAAAUAUAUCAAAAGUUUCUUGGUCUUUAUCAACUUGUACUGUGUAAAAUAUGGAGCAAUUGCACUGCAGGAAAUAUUUGACAGUAUACAACCAAAGAUGUUUGGAAUGGUUUUGGAAAAAAUCAUAAUACCAGAAAUACAGAAGGUGUCUGGACAAGUAGAGAAGAAAAUCUGUGCUGUUGGCAUCACAAAAAUACUCACAGAAUGUCCUCCUAUGAUGGAUACAGAGUACACAAAGUUGUGGACACCUCUUCUCCAGGCCCUUAUUGGUCUCUUUGAGUUACCUGAGGAUGAUACACUUCCUGAUGAAGAACACUUUAUAGAUAUAGAAGACACACCAGGAUACCAGACUGCAUUCUCCCAGCUCGCCUUUGCCGGAAAAAAAGAACACGAUCCAGUGGGCCAAAUUGUGAACAAUCCUAAAAUCCAUCUUGCACAGUCCCUUCAUAAAUUAUCGACUGCAUGUCCAGGCAGGGUUCCCUCAAUGCUGAGCACCAGCCUGAAUGCAGACGCUUUGCAGUUUCUUCAAGGAUACUUGCAAGCUGCGAGUGUAACAUUGCUCUGACAUUUUGAGUGGCAAAAUUUCAACGUUGUGCAAAAGAACACUUGAUAUUGACUGUCUUCUAAACAAAGCUUGGACAGGACACAAGAAGUUGCCACUCCAAGAAAACAUCACUGAAUUAUUGCUUGAUGCAGAAGCUGCAUUAUAUUUUGUUCAUGUGAUUAUAGGUGAAGAAGCAAGUGACUUUCCCAUUUCCAGUUUGCUUUCAAAUGGAAUAGUAAUAGUUCAUCAUUGGGGGUUGAUAGGAGUUCCACAUAUGCAGUGUUUCAGUAACAUUUUAAAAUGUAUAGAGUACUGGCGGCACACUCAUUUUGUCACUAAUUUUUAUUUCAGUUUAUUGUCAUUUGUGUUUUUGUGUCAAAGUUUAUCAGAAUUGUGAAUAAAUAAGCCUUUGUUUAAAGUAUCUGUCUAGCAAUGUAUGUCUUACUAUGGUAGAAUAAAUUGUAGCUGUCUACAAAAAACGCUGUCAGUACCAUGCCAUAUCCAGCCCAUUGAAUUUGGCAUUCCACCUCAGCUUUAUUUUAAAACGGUUCAUGACUAAAGUUAUUUUUUUAUUAGUAUGGAACUUAACAUUGGAAGCAUGAAGCUCAGAGAACAUUAUGAAGGCAGAUGGGGGGAUUUUACUCUUGACAGAAAGUGACUCUUCCUGAACCCCACAUAACUCUGAUUAUGUUAGAAUCACAUGCAAGUCAUUUUCUGAAGCAAGAAUACGACACAGGCUUUUUUUUUUUUUUACAAAGUUAUAUGAAUCAAUUGUAUUAAAACCAUUUUUCUAGUGUGGCACAUACUGUUUGAAUAUAGAGCCAGAGAAACUAGUCCAGAUGCAUUAUUAACCAAAGCAAGGGCCAUACAAGUGAGGAUUUAAAUAUAUUUUUGUGAACCAUUUCCCUGUUUAGGGAUUUUCCUUUUAAAACUUCAUACCACUUCACAAAAUACAUUUUGCUCUGUGUUUAAUUUGAGAGUUCAUGCUUGCAUGAAUAAAUCUGAUGUUUGAACCUGACUGUGGACUGGAUAGAUGUCUGCCAGCAGUUCCAGUGACUUAUGGAAAUUUCUUUUCAAGCAAAUACAAUUGUGAUCAUUGUUGACUGUAUUGGUAAAUACCUGGUCUCAAUCAUGGCAAUAUAUAUGAGAAUAAUGAUGACAACUCAAAUGUGCAAAUUGACUUUAAUUGCGAGAAUAAGGAAAUCGUACUCUAUAAAAUGCUCAACAGCCAAAAAGCAAAAAAUUAGAUUGACAGAAGUUGGGCAUGAAGAAAAACAACAUUGCUGUUUAGACUCAGGUUUCUUUAUUUGUAUUUGCUCACCAGAAAUGAAAGGUCUGACAUGUUAACAUUUGUGUACCCCUGAAUAAAAUUAAACAAACUUAA